CUCCAUGGUCCGCGAACUGCUGACCAGCCCUCUCUCGAACGCAGGCGCCAGAGGCGAAAAACUGUAACAUGGGAUGAGCGUUGUGAUGUUCUUGAGUUUGACCGCGAGGAAGGGGAAAAUGAUCCUUUCUAUUCUGAUGAAGAUGACUAUGGCACCCCU